AUGGCGACCGGCUUGGAAGCCCUGGGGGCUGCCAGCGCCGUUGUUCAGUUGAUUGCUUUUGCUGGGAGCCUCGUGUCCCUCAGCUUCAAAAUUUACGAUGGAAUACCUACGCCCGAGAACGAGCUUGAGGAGUACUCGAACAAGAUGAUGGAGGCAGCCAGUCGCGUUCAGUCUCGUGGCGCCCAAGUGCCCCAGGGAACCCAAGUUGGCAACAAGCUAUCCAACGUCUCGCAGGAGUGCAUUGACACAGCGUUAAAGCUGAGAAAAGAGGCUCAAACACUUACCAAACGGUACAAAAAUGGAAAAGGCAAAAUAUUCAAGGCUGUUUAUUCUGCUUUCCGCACAGAGAGCCAUAAAACCAAGCUCAAUCAGUUGAAUGAAUCCUUGAAGAAGUGCAAGGAAUUGAUGGAAACGGAGCUUUUAUUGAAGAUAUGCGACCAGGACACUGCCAUAGCACAGCAACAGUCCCAAGGAUUCCGAAGUCUAGAGGUCGAUGUCCAGAACCUCAUUCUCAAGAUCGCGGAAGGCUAUACCAGGGUAGAGCAAAUAGUUUCUAUCGAAGCCCAAGCUACACGGGAUGCCAUCAACACUCACGUCACCUCAGAACUCAAGGCUUUGGAGAUAAAGAAAAUUUCAGACAACCAGCGUCAACGACUCUUGAAAAGCCUCAAACCAGAGGAAAUCAGGGAGAGAUAUAAUUCUGUUCUGCCAUCAUCAGACGCUUGUUUUGAAAGGGUCUUUGCUUCAUAUGAGCGUGUUUGCCGCAACGACCCUGGGUACAAAGCCUGGAAAGGUUACAAUCAUACACUCGGCCAUGACAGCGCGAGUGACCGUGCGAAUGACAGCGAUGAGGAUAGCGACGAGGAGGAUGGUGACGAGGAUGGCGAGGAGGAUAGCGACGAGGAUAGCGACGAAACAAGGACCAACGACGAAAUUGACGAGAUUGAUCUGAUAUGGGAUUGUUUUAGCACUUGGCUGCAGUCGGACGACACACUGUUCUGGAUUCGAGGAAAGCCAGGAUCAGGGAAAAGCACAUUGAUCAAGUUUGUUAUUGAGAACGACAACACGAAGCGUUUACUUGGCUCUCGGCACCCGGAAACUAGAAUUAUAUCACAUUUCUUCUGGAAGAUUGGCAAUGAACCUCAGAACAGUGUCAGGGGCCUGUUGUGUUCCUUGCUUUAUGACCUUCUGUCAGAAGAUGACGAUGGCAUUGAUAAAGUAUUAACGACAUUCAAAUUCUCCGGAUCGAAAGAUUUCUAUAAGGAGUGGUCGUCUAAAGAAGCGGAGAAAGUCCUCUUGUAUCUUUUAGAUGUUUCAGCUCAUCCACCCUGCAUUUUUGUCGAUGGCCUCGACGAGAUAUCAGAUAAGGACGGGUAUCGAGCACUCUUUGACGUUGUUCAAAGACUUACGACAUGUCAGGGAACCUCACUAAGCCUGAGAUGGUCGUUUAUCUACGCCAGGAAUUCGAAAAAAUUACCACAAGAUCAGUUCGCCAGCUUGCCUCUCGAAGAGUUCACAGAGACCCUUCUGGCUAAAGCGCAAGGGGUCUUCUUAUGGCUUGCUCUUGCCACGAAAAGCGUCACUGAUGGGAUAUUGAUAGGCGAUGAUCAAGAAUUCAUUUCUAAAAGGCUAGCGGAGCUCCCAGAGGAGCUUGAGUCUCUUUAUCAGGCAAUGUGGGAGAGACUAAAUGGAAACAAUCGUGUAUACCGCGAGACUGCUGCAAGAUACUUCCGCUUCGUCAUCGCUGACGGGUGGCACAUAGGACAGACGACAAAGGAUAGAGACUAUUACUACAUGACAGAGCCCAACCUGGUCCAACUAUCACUUGCAAUAAAGGUUGAAGACCAUUUCAUCUUCCCACCCAAAGCCAAUGAGAAGACACUGCAUGAGUUGAAUGCUCUGUGUAAGGCGACAGAAUGCGACAUCCGAACUCGAUGCGCUGGCAUGCUACAAGUUGGUCGACAGUGUGGUUUUCCCGAAAAUGGAGUGGCACUCCCGGAAGCGAUCCGUCCACUCACACGACCCGUCCAGUUCAUCCACCGCACAGCUCACGACUUCCUGGUUGAUACAGAAUAUGGUCUAUCUAUUUUGAAUUACAGGUUAAAUGAGACAAAAUUGAUGGACGACGGCCUAAAACUGCUCAAAUGCCGUCUCAAUCUGGCCAGCACGUACUAUCACCAGUUCAAGGUUGUGUCUGAUUGCGCUUUUGCUUUACAUGACUGCAAUCGAUUGAAUAACACGACGGCGAAUCCGGAAGUCAUAUUGACGAUACUUGGAGCUAUGAAGGGCCUUCAUGAAGAUGGUGCUCUGGCUCAUUCAUAUCGGGUUUUGGACUUUAAUCCAACCUUUCCUUGUGUCGCAGCAUAUUAUCUGGAAAACUUCGACGAUUUUAUCAUUUCUUCCUUUAUGCCAACUCCCUCACCAAAGCUUGCUACCAACGCUUUUCACGAGCUGGCACUUGCAAGCCAACUCCUUAAAAUGUCUAAAACAUCAGUCAGGGUAAUUCGAUGCUUGAUUGAGCUAGGUGGAGAGGCGUAUGUUGCCAAGAGGUCCAUUUUGUCAUUUGAGGUUCCGGGACACGAAAUCCGUACUACCCAUCACACCACGGCUUUCGAAUCGCUUCUUAGAAGUGCAUUAGAUAUUGGUGACAACUAUGGCGAGAUGACGAUAUUUCUUGACGUGAUAGAAAGUCUGGUACAGACCUGCCCGGACUUGCACAGAAGGGUCAUAUUAUUCCUUGGAAAGCAUGGUCCCUUGCUGCCUGGUGAGCUUCCCGGGCGGCAUGUAUGGGUCGCGAUGGAGGCCGAUCUGCAGUUUCUCAUAAACCGACUACUGGCCAUUGCCGACUUCGAGAACAUUCCAGCUGAGUUGACUUCUAGAACCCGCGAACUUGCUGCUUCUUUCACCAGACCUUAUGCACGUGUUCGGCAUAUUGUACGCCCCCGAGGAAAAGACCCGGGGACUUUUUGUUAUCGAAUCCUCGACCAGGAAUCAUGCUUAGACAUUAUUGAAAGUCUUGGAUAUCCUGUAAAGUUCCCAGAAGCGUUCAAAACCCUUGAAGGCGUCCUGGACGCCAUAUAUAGUCCUAUGGAUAGCUCUACCCAUCCAGAGUCCAGUUUUCCGUCGGAGUGUUUUAAGGAGGUUCCUAUUGAGGAAGAGAUGGACAUGCUAAUACAAGAGGGUAUAGGGCUAUACAGAGAGGAAGAUAUAAACAUUGGUAAAUGA